AUGUCGGGCAGGCGAGCUCUUGGCCGUAAUGUGUUCAUCUGGCAUCUGAAUGGCGACAAUGAAGAUCGCAUUCCCCUGGGUGGCUUAGUCCUCACAGCCGGCGUCACCAACACGGGCUUUCGCCAAAUGCUUGACAUUCUUCUCAUCACCUCGGGCGAUUGCGUUGUCCAAAACGAACAUGGAGACGAAACCCUACGAGAUGACCAGCCCCUUCUCCCUGGAGAUUACACUGUCAGUGCAGAUAGUGUUGAGGUUACCAAGGUCAACAACGAAGUUGUAUAUACGCGAUCGCACUCUAUCGCUACGGGCACCAGAGUGGAAUCGUUCAAAGAAGAAGUCCAAGCUCGUGACGCAUACGAACGACAAUGGGACGACAACAACUACGGCCGUUGGAUCACGAUUGAUCCCCCUCAAGGGGUGGGAAAGAUCAACUCUGUACAGAACGGCAUUAUCCUCAGAGCCGAUCUGCAUAUACUCUUCGAUUGUUUUGCGUUUUCUAUCAAUCCUGAUGAUUUCCCGCCAGGCUCAGAUAUAAUGGGAGAGAUCAUGGCCGGCCCCAAGGCCGCUGAACGUAUGGAAUUUGAGCUCUUCGACCGGCUGGCUCACCACAUGGAGAUUUUGUAA